AUGUACGGGAUAAAUGACUAUGCAGAAAAUGCUCGAAAUCCUCGUUAUGGUGUUGAUCGCGCUGCGAAAAGAAGAAAACUAGUUGGCUCGGAGCUGGAUGUUAAACAGCAAGGCUCCAAAAAUGGUGGUAGUGAUGACAUCUAUUCUGGAUGCGCUGCAAAGCCUAUACCUGGUGUUGUAAUUCCGUCGAAGGCUGAUCCGGUGAAACCACUGAAUGAAACAAACAAGGGCUUCCGUUUGCUUCAAAGUAUGGGUUGGAAAGAAGGAGAAGGGCUUGGAAAAGAGGGACGAGGUCGACAAGAUCCGGUAGGUGUAACGCAUUUUGGGAUGCUUACGUGA